AUGCCGAGAGCCUUUAUAUAUCCCAUCUUGUUGGUCUGUUUGAUUUUCUACAUUCCAACCGUAUUUAUGAGUCCGACGUAUAGUUAUUUGACGAACUUUAAUGUGAAUCAAAAGAUUCAGGAAAUUGUACAGAAAACGAUUAGAGAUACACCUAUUAUUGAGUUGCAUGUUUCAUGUUAUCACUAUGAAACGAGAACUCAAACCACUACAGAUGCGAAUGGAAGACUCAAAACUGAAUCAAGAUCUGUACGAGUGACAACUCACACCGAUUCUAAGCAAAUGCCAUUCGAAUUUCACCGAGAUUUUUCGCCUCCGUUUGCUAUUAAACAAACAGCUAAAACAUUUAUUAAAUUAGAUAUGGAUCAAAAGGUUUUCGUGACCAAUGAAGAAUCCAAGAAGAUUCUCGAUGAAGAACGUGUAGCCAUCUAUGUUUCAAAUAGAAAUCGUGACACACACAUGGAUUAUUCAGAAUUUUGGGGUACUGAAAACUUUGAGAGUUCCCUCCUCACACAUAAUCCCAACUCGAGAGUUCCAAAAAUCGCCACUCCUUUCUGGUAUCAAUUUUUCUGUCUCUUCUUUCUCGGAUGGGCCUACACAUUCUGGUUCAAUAACAUUUGCGACACUCAAGAAUAUACAUUCAUUAAGGAACUGUCCUAUCAUCCCUUCAACGAUGAACAAGUUGACAAUAAUGUCGAUCCAAGCAUGUACAUGGGAGGUGCGUACGGAUUUCAAUUCAGAGGAGGAUCUGGUGCUUUUUGUCGAACCUUUAACAUGAGUGACCAAUUGAAUGAAUUUCCAACGAAUAUGUUUUCAUCGCCUCCACCUGUGUUAUCCUAUCGACCCCAACAACCUCAGCAACAACCAUUUGGUCAAUCAUCUUUUUCACCUUAUUCUCAACAAACUUCGACAGCGCAACCUUACCAUAAUAAUUAUUACUACACCAAUAACAACAACAACACCACGCCCAAUCAAAAUCUUUUCCUAACAUCCAAUCAAAGUAGAACCAGUUUAAACUUACCAUCACACGUUGCCGAUGUUUCGUUCCAUCAUGGUUAUGAUACUGAACCGCUCAUGCAAACAUAUACACCUCACUCAUCAGCAAGGGGUUAUGUGCCACCUCAACUCUGA